AUCUGGGAGAGAGCUUGGGGCUCAUCAAGGAUAUUUUAUAUAAUAGCUCAUCAUAGCAUGCUAUUAGAUCACUGAACUAAGUCUGGAGGAUGGCUUCAAUAUUUUUUAAAGAUACUCCAGCUAAUGAGAAUGUAUCCAGUACAAGGAUUUGGUCAACAGCAGGCACAGCAGCAGCUUCAUUCUGGUGUGGGACUUCCUCCUGCAAAUUUGGUUCUGGAUCAGCCAACAUUACUCACCCCACAGCAGCCAAGCCAGCUCUUCCCUCCUUUGAGCCAAAUACCACUGUCACAAAUAUUUUCAAUGGGAACAGACAUGCAGCUGAUAAAUCCAGCUACAGGACUAGUACCUAGCAUCCAGAUACUCCCAAUGACCAACGCACAGCAGGUGUCUCCACAACAAAUGCUCCCUGUCAUUGUGGCACAAAUCGGAGCCCCGGGUGCCUUCCUAAGCUCAGAGGAAUUGCCAAUGGCCUCACAGAUCUUCACAGGACUUCUCAUCCAACCUUUUGGUACUGGAGCCGUACUCCCAACUGGCCAGGAAAGGAUAGAUGCGAAUACCCAAGAUGCAGCUCUUCCUGCAGGACAAACAGGAGGAAACCCUGCCAUCUGGGGAACCCCCGAAGGCCAGCUCCCAACUCCCAGUGGUCCAGAUGAUGUAUUCGAAGCUACCAACCCAGUGGGAAUUCAAAGAAUUGAGGGAAGCACCACUGAAGCACCAAACGGAACUGAUUAAGAGGCUAAUUUUUAAAAUCCUCUAACCUGCCACUCAAGUCUGGUGAUACAAUUGGAUAUGUUUCAUUGUUGAUAUACUGGAAUGGAUUCAGUCCUACGGAAGAUGGGCCCAGGAAGCUACAACUUCCAUCCCCCAACUCAAAAAUCUUGGGAGACUAUACUACACCCAGGAAAGAUAAACCUCUGGACAAGAAGGAAUGUUAACCAUGACAGAAUGGAAUAAAACCUUCUUUGAGAAAUCACAACUUACCACUGUGUUAUGGGCCAACUUCUGACUAAGUAGAUAUAUAUGUAAUAAACAUUUCAAUAGUAAACUUGCAA